UUCAAUUCCAUCAUCAUCAUCAUCAUCAUCAUCAUCAUGAUCUCCACCACUUCUAUAAAUACUUCCCCUUCCGCUUCCUUCCUCCUCCCGUCCUCUCCUGUCCUCUCACUGUCCCAUCCAUCAUCAAAGAUUCAAUCUUUCGCAGAGCGGAAGCCGUUUGAGAUCGAAAUGGAUCGACCCCAGUUCGUAAUCGAGGCCGCCGAGGCCAAAUCCAUGGCCAAGAGAUCGGGCCUGUCCUCCGUUAUCGACCUCCUCCCUACCCUUCUCCGGCCAGCCCAGUCCCUCGCCCGCCCGCCCAUCUCCAACUUCCCCGUCGUCGCCGUCGGCCUCGGCCCCACCGGCCGGAUCUUCCUCGGCGUCAACAUCGAGUUCCCCGGCCUCCCACUCCACCACUCCAUCCACGCCGAGCAGUUCCUCCUCACCAACCUCUCCCUCCACUCCGAGCCGUCCCUCCGCUUCCUGGUUGUCUCCGCCGCCCCCUGCGGCCACUGCCGGCAGUUCUUGCAGGAGCUCCGCUCCGCCUCCGACGUCCGCAUCCUCGUCCCCCGAGACGAGCCCAAUGCCCCUGUUGGCAGCAACGCCUCCUCCUCCUCCUCGUCCUUCGUCCCGCUCUCCCAGCUUCUCCCCGACCGGUUCGACCCCGCCGACCUGCUGCCCGAGGGGGUCCCGCUCCUACUCGAGCCCAUCGACAGCGGUCUCUCUCUCGCCAGGGACUCCCUCCCCAAUGGGUUCCACACCGACGAGAAGGAUCUGGCUGCAACGGCCCUAUUGGCGGCGAACAAAUCCCACGCGCCGUACAGCGGCUGCCCCUCGGGGGUGGCCCUGCUGGACUCUGCAGGGAAGGUAUAUAAAGGGUCCUAUGCAGAGUCGGCGGCCUUCAACCCGAGCUUCGGCCCAGUGCAGGCAGCGCUGGUGGCAUUCAUAGCAGGCGGCGGAGGCGGGUACGAGAACAUCGUGGAGGCGGUGCUAGUGGAGAAGGAGGGGGCCGCCGUGACGCAGGAGCACACGGCGAGGCUGCUGCUCGGGGUGGUGUCCCCCGGGUGCGAAUUCAGAGUGGUCCACUGUGUGUGCGGUUGUAAAAAGGUCUCUUCCUCCAUGUGAACCCAACCGCUCGAAUAUCAUCUCAUGAACAGAUUGGAAAUUGAGAAAUGGAAAAAAAUUCGAUCCAUCGAGUGUAAUGUCCACUUUAUGUGAAACUUCUUAACAAGAACAUAUGCUAAGUCCAAACAUCGUAUCUGUUCCGGAGUGAGCUGAAAAGAUACUGACGUGGAAUACCGUGUCUUCGAUGUCUUAUCCCGGAUUUUCGAUUAUGCAGUGUUAACCUCGAUGCCGGACUUCGGGUCAUUCCGAGUGCAACUGUAGCUUUGAUGGCUGAAACUUUAGAAACUCUGUAGAGUCAUUGUGGUUGAAUCAUUGGCCCUUUUACUGCUAAGAAAGCAUAGAGUUUGAAUUGUUUCUGAGAAUUCCUCCACCAUUUGCUUUGCUUCAGAUUUUUCCUUUCUUGCUGACUUAGUG